AUGCUUCCCUACCUUCACAAAAAUUCUCAAAAGUCAAAACAUCUAAAAAGAAAAUCCUACGCAUAUAUUUUCAAAUACAUAUUAAUCGGUGACACUGGAGUUGGAAAAUCAUGUCUCCAACUUCAAUUCACCGACCACCACUUCCAACCUUUCCACGACGUAACAAUUGGUGUUGAAUUCGGCACCAGGACAAUCAACAUUGAAAAAAUUCCAAUAAAGUUACAAUUAUGGGACACAGCGGGUCAAGAAAAUUUUAGAUCAAUUACAAGAUCAUAUUAUAGAGAUACAACAUGUGCAUUACUAGUUUAUGAUGUAACAAGGAGAGAAACAUUUGAUCACUUGGAUAAUUGGUUGAAACAAAUAUUGGAAGAUGGUAAUGAGAAAAUGGUAGUUAUGUUAAUCGGAAACAAGUGCGAUCUUAUCGAUAAUCGAGUUGUGACGACCGAAGAAGGCGAGCAAUUUGCGAGGGCUAAUGGUUUGAUUUUUAUGGAGACUUCGGCCAAAACUGCUAAGAAUGUUGAAGAAAUAUUUGUGAAAUCAGCUUCAACUAUAUGUAAUAAGAUUAAGGAUGGUGUUUUUGAUGUAAAGAAUGAUAAUUGUGGGAUUAGAGUAGGAUAUGGUGGAGGUAGGUGUGAUGAAUUUUUAGAUUUGGGAGGAGGUUGCUGCAAAACUUGAACUCAACAUAUUAAUUGAAUUCUAGCUAUG